AUGUUCCUUACCUGCAUCAACCUCUUCCUUACCUGUUCCUUACAUGUGUCCACCUGUUUCUUACCUGUACAUUGCCAUUGUCCACCUGUUCCUAACCUGUACAUAGCCUGUGUCCUCCUGUUCUUAACUGUUCCUUAUCUGUGGCUAACCUGUGUCGUCCUGUUCCUAACCUGCAUUCUCCUGUUCUUUGUUGAGGCAUUGAUUCUCAAACCAGAGGACAAGAACUGCUUUGUUGCCAGGUCUAGAUGUUACUUAAAGAUGGGGGAUACUGACAACGCACUCUCAGAUGCAGAGACCUCCCUCAAAGAGGACAAAGAGUUCUUCAAGGGGCUGUACCAGAAAGCUGAGGCCUUAUACACCAUGGGGGACCUUGAGUUUGCCUUGGUGUUUUAUCACAGAGGCCGCAAACUGCGUCCAGAGCUUGAAGAGUUUAGACUCGGGAUCCAGAAAGCACAAGAGGCGAUUGAGAACUCUGUGGGCAAAAAACUUGAGAACAAAGAAGACCUCUCAUCGUUCUGUAAGGGGGAGGUUAAGAAAGGGCAGCCGGUGACGGCAACCCAGCCUCAGAGGAGACAUGUGAAGCAGCAGAGCCAAAAGAGUGCUAAGGUGGAAAGAAGCAGCAAACAGCUGCUUGGAGAGCUCUACAGCGACAAGGAGUAUCUGGAAAAACUAUUGAAAGACGAAGACUUGGCAAAGGUGAGGAUGCGUGGCGGAGAGUGCCUGCAGGAUCUUAUCCUCCAUAGUGUUGGCUACCUUGACCGCCGCAUUGACUUCUGGCGGCAGCAGAAGUUGAUCUACGCGCGGGAGCGAGACCGCAAACUCAUGCAGGAGAAAUGGAGCAAGGGCCGUCUUCACAGCUCACCCUCCGACCCCACCCAGUAUGUGCUGAAGAGCCUGGAGGAGAUUGACGGAGCGCUGACCUCUGGGAACUUGGAGUGGAGUCUGAAGGAGGCCCGCCACGUAAUGAGGACAGUGCAGGGUUGGCCGGAGGAGGAUCUGCCCAAUAGAAACGAGGUGCUGGCCAACCUGCACUCCUGCAUCGGGAACGCCCUGAUGGACCUGGGCAAGAUGGACCAAGCACUGACUCAGUACCAGAAAAGCCUACAGCUGGCAAUACACAGUGAACUGCCUGAUGCAAAGUCCCAGGCGCUGGACAACAUUGGUCGAGUCUAUGCCCAUACCGGGAAGUUCAGCGAGGCGAUUAAUGUGUGGGAAGAGAAAAUUCCAUUGGUUCGUGACAGCGUGGAGAAGACCUGGUUGUUCUAUGAGAUCGGACGCUGCUACCUGGAACUGAAGCGUCACACAGAAGCGCGGGAGUAUGGCUGUCGAUCCCUUGACACAGCAGAGGAGAUUGGAGACGACAAAUGGCUGCUCAAUGCCAGUGUUCUGGUGGCACAGGCAGAUUUGCACCUUGGGGACUUCCAGUCCAGCACGUCACACUUUGAGGAGGCCUUGAAGCGAGCUAAAAUGCUUAAAGACGACUCUGCCGUUGAUGCCGUUCAGAAGGCCCUCUUCUUGGCAAGACAAAAUUCUGUGAAAUAACGUGUGGGGUUACUUGACAGAAGGCAUGACGAUUCAAUAAAAGAGACCAACCACUACCUUCAUGUUUCUGAUCAUCAUCUUUUUUUAAGGAGUUUGGAGUUGUCUAAAUAAUCACAUUAAAAACAAACCUAUUUGUC